CAAAACGAAUGGACGGCGUGGAUAUUGACAUGUCCAUCCUUUAUUUUUUGGACCAUGACUUACAUGGUCCGCAGCAAGAACAUGCGGCUCCUCGUCGUCCCCACCCGCUCUCUCAACCGCUCGAUGCCUACGACGAGAUCGGCGAUAACUGGCGGCUCCAUCUAGACGUGUCUGCAAAGAUCUAUAGACGGCUGGGGAUUGGUCACUGUCCUGACCACCCAUUGUUCAACUGGAGAAUGAUCACAAUGCAUAUAAGGCAAAAUGUAUUAAAGAAAGCAUCGUAAUGGGUUGAAAUGAUCUUGGAGACCUCCAUUGUACUUGAGAGUUUCCAUUAGAAUGGACUGCAAUGAUCUUUGAGCCUUUCAUUGCGCGGGAUGGAGGGAGGGAGUAGCAAUUAUUUCAUCUUGAAUUUUGUGUGCAAGUAAAAUGUAUCGAAGAAAACAUCAGCAUGGAUUGCAAUGAUCUUGGAGAUUUCCAUUGUGCACAUGGUUCACUUGGGGAUGAUUUUAAGAGUUACAUCUGUACUUGUGAUUAUUGUACCACACCAAAGCAAAUAAUUCAGAUGUGUUUGAAUGUAAUUUUGGCAGCAUUGAGAUGGGUCAAUUCAUCCAUGUCUUCAGAUACUAUGUUUGUGAAGCAGAGCUGACUCUAGAGGUGUUCAACCUUGCAAAACUAAAAUGCGCCACUGGAUUGGUUCACUUGGAGGCUAAAAAGUAGAAGCUUGCUGCUCACGAGUUUCUGGAAAUGGGACCAAAACAGGGGAAUGACCAUGCAAUUUUAGAAAUGGGACCAAAACUGGGUAAUGACUAUGCAAAGGUGAUAGCACCACAAGACAUUGUGACCUUUGGUGGACCAUGCUCACUUGCUUGUUUUGAUAGUACACGGCUGAAGAACAAAGUUGUCGAAAAAAUCGGCUUCGGAAAUUUCUUGUAGUUAGUUCCUGAAGCAAGAGAGCUUAUUCAUGACUUCUAUGAAAGAAUUCCAGAGGAAGAUGGAGUGAGGAAUCCCAUGGGGCAUGCGGCCAUGUUUACAGCCAUCCAGACCGUUCAUCUGAUUUGUUAAAAGCCCAACAUGGUGUGCACAAUGGACCGUUGGGGAUAUUUUUGAUGGCAGCAUAGAUAUCAUCUGAUAUUGGCCCAUUCUCCACCCAGUGUGGCCCAUAAUUUCGGUGGCCUCAGUUCACAAACAUGUACAGAUUGGGGAAGGCCAGUUGUAGGGAGCCGGUGUUGGACUAACCGUGAUAUAUAUCUAACAUCCUCUCCGUUCAUCAGUUCUGUCAGACCAUUUUAGAACGUGAUGCAAAAAAUCAGGCUGAUCCAAAACUCAAAUGGGACACCACAAAAAACAACGGUGAUGGGAUGCUACCACUGAAACUGUCUGGGUCCGAUGUUUAAAUGCCAUCCAACCCGUUCACAAGGUGAGUCCAACUAGGAUGAAGGAAAAACACAAAUAUCAUCCAAAUCCAAAACUUCCACAAGAAGGUUUCAAUGGUGGAUGUCUGAAUCCCACCGUUUCCUUAGUGUGACGCGCUUGAGUUUUCGAUCUGUCUUUUUUUAUCCUUAAUCACACCCUACCAUGAUCCGGGUCGACUGAUGGACGGAGUUGAUUUCAUACACAGAUCACGGUGGGUCCCACGGAGCUUUUCAGAUUGGUACGUGUGUACGAUCAAACACAGUCAACAAGAAGACGAGACUAGUCAAUUCUUCUCCUCUUCUUUAUUCGAACUUUUCUCCGAUACAACUCCAGCACCUGGCGAUGCAAGAAAGCCCAGCCGUCCUGCAAAAACACAGGUGGCAGAUUCUUGUGAAUCUUACGAACUGUCCAAUAGCAGCGGACUAGAGCUCGAUCGCUAACCCAUCUCCUGCACAUAUAAGCGCAUUGCGCACCACCUUUGCAUUCCAGGCGCCAUGUCGGACUCAUCGAUUCCACCACUCCAACUCACCGAGUCGACCAGUUCUGCAUCCGGACUCUGCCAGGCUCUCCUGACUCGGUUCCGAGACCUCGAGAUCAGCCACAAGAUGCUCCAGGAGCAGUUCAAAGCGCUGUUGAACAAGAAAGAGAAGGAGAGAGAAGAAGAAGAAGAAGAAGAAGAAGAAGAAGAAAAGAGGAGAUGGAGAAUUACAAGCGAAGAGAGGAAAGAGAUUGAAAGAGGAUGUAUUCCGGGAUUAUUCUCGAAGAACACGUACUGGAAUGUUUUGCAAUCCAUGGGCCAUGCCGUUCAUGUAAGCAGAGCUUCUACUGGGGAGAUCAUCUAUUGGAACCGAUCUGCAGAGAAUCUCUAUGGAUGGAAAGAUUAUGAAGUAAUUGGUCGAAGAGUUCUUGAUCUUCUUAUCAACAAAGAAAAUCAUGUAUUGGACAAAAAUAUCAUGGAAAGUUUGAACACUGGUCAAACAUGGUCGGGUCAAUUUCCAUUAAAGAAGAGAUCCGGUGAGAUGUUUAUGGCGAUGGUAACAAAUAGCCCAUUGUAUGAGGAUGGUGAGUUUAUUGGUAUUAUUACUGUAUCAAGUGAUGCUGCUGUAUUUAACGAUAUAAAAUUAAGAACACGCGAGGAACAUGCCCAUGGUCAGCCUAGAGAGUGGAAGCUAAACAUGAAAAAGAUUCAGUGGCACCCACAGCCACAGAUUGCAUCGUCUGUUUCCAAUCUGGCAUCAAAAGUUUUCUCACUUCGACACGGAGACAAUGGUGGUGACUUUGAGAAUUCCGAAAAUAGAGAGCUGAUGCAGCAGACUGAAACUGUGCAAGCAGAAAAGACUGAAAUACCAGCAUCAAAGCCCAUUUUCAGAUUGAUUGUUGGGGAGAAAGCAAUUGGAGGGAAAGGCAACAGAAAAGAGGAAAAUGUAUCUGAACUUCCUCAACCUUCCAAAUUUGCAGCAAAGUUGUUGUCAAAAUUGCAAUUUGGGACCAACAAGAAUACUCAAGGAUCCUGUAGAAGUGAUCAAGUUAGCUCACCAGAGGAUUCAGCAAAAAAUUUAAUGAAAAAGGCUCAUGGUCAGGCCAGUUCAGAAAAUUCAGGAAAUGGUAGUUCAGGAAAUGCAGCAUGGAGCAUUCGAAAACCCCCAACAAGGUUGAAAGUAACACCCACGAACCAUCGUGAUCGUGAUUCUGACAAAGGUGCUGCAGAUCCUGACAAGAGUUCUUGUCAUUCCCUUAGAAGUGGAUGUUCUGAUGGAAAGAACUACAUGAGUCAUAAAACUUUUGAGGAUGAUUCUUCUGUGGUACAUAAAAGAUCUGCCAGCCCUUGUUUUGAAUGUGGUGAGUGUUAUGCCAUGGCCACAUUUGGAGAUUGGUCACCUCCCUUAAUGCCUGAACAUGAUGGGAAUGGGGAAGCGCAGCUUAAUCAAGAGAAUUGGUGUGAAUGUUUACCAGCAGAGACCAUGGAACACCAGAAUCCAGAGGUUAACCACUCUCCGACAUUAUCAAGCCCAGGAGGAAGCAACGGCAGCAGCCGUACAAGUUCAAAAGAUGAAAAGGAGCUGAACUCACUUGUUGACUGUGAGAUUCAUUGGGAAGACCUGCUUUUAGGAGAGGAAAUUGGACAAGGUUCCUAUGGUGUUGUUUAUCGAGGAAUUUGGAAUGGAUCGGAUGUUGCUAUAAAAGUUUAUUUGGGAAAUGAAUACCGUGAAGGAAUUUUGCUUGACUAUAAAAAAGAGAUUGCUAUCAUGAAAAGGCUCAGACAUCCCAACGUCUUGCUGUUCAUGGGAGCUGUUUAUUCACCUGACCGACUUGCCAUAGUGACAGAAUUUUUACCAAGGGGAAGUCUCUUCAAAACAUUACACAGGAACAAUCAGGCACUAGACCUUAGACGCCGAAUGAGGAUGGCCCUUGAUGUCGCUAGAGGUAUGAAUUAUUUGCAUUGCAGAAAUCCACCGAUAGUGCAUAGAGACCUGAAAUCAUCAAACCUACUAGUUGACAGAAACUGGACAGUCAAGGUGGGAGACUUUGGGCUGUCUCGAUUGAAGAACUCAACCUUCUUGACAGCAAAAUCAGGAAGAGGAACACCACAGUGGAUGGCUCCUGAAGUCCUUCGCAACGAACCUUCAAAUGAAAAGUCUGACGUAUACAGCUUUGGUGUCAUACUGUGGGAACUGAUGACCGAAUCCGUUCCGUGGGCCCAUUUGAAUUCCUUACAGGUGGUUGGAGUUGUUGGAUUCAUGGACCGCAGGUUAGAUUUACCAGAAGGUCUGGAUCCCAGAAUUUCAUCCAUCAUCAAUGAUUGUUGGCAAAGCGAUCCAGAACAGCGUCCUUCGUUCAUGCACAUACUUCAGCAGAUGACAGACGUAAUUGGUGCAGUCCUGGCUGCACCUGGUAGGAAGGAUUCAGGGUCUCAGGUUUGAAGAUCUUGGAGAGAUUGUACUUAGCGUUUUAUAUAUAUAUAAUCUUUUUUAUCUACUUCAUAGGAGAGCUGGAGAGGAGAAGGAUUUCUCUUUUCUUUCUUUUUUUUUUUAAGUGAGGAUUUAGAAGGGAAAUGCCAGAGAGGGGAAUUCUUACUGGUGCUGAGAGAGACUAAAAUGGCGGGGGCUUGAGUGUUUAUAUGGUGGUGUUCGGAAAGGAGUGGGAAUAUAAUUCGUGUCACACGUGUUGAAUCCA